CUGAAGCUUAUAGUCAUUGCUGAUUGUUAAACCCCAUAAUCUAAUGGCUUCUUCAUCGAAACGCAAAGAGGUUUACGAUGUUUUCUUGAGUUUCAGAGGCACAGAACUGCGCAACAACUUCCUUGGUCAUCUCUACAAAGCUUUAGACCAGAACGGAAUAUUCACUUUUAUUGAUAAUGACGAACUGAGGAGGGGAGACCAAAUAUCACGGGCGCUUAUGAAGGCCAUCGAAGAAUCAUGCAUCGCAAUCAUUGUUUUCUCGGAGGAUUAUGCUUCCUCACGGUGGUUCUUGGAAGAGAUGGCGAAGAUUAUGGAGUGCAAGGAGCAAAAGAACCUUACCGUUCUACCGGUGUUUUAUAAAGUGGAUCCAAGAGAAGUCAGAGGGGGGAGAGAGAGCUUUGAGAGAGCUCUGGCCAAGCAUGCGUUAAAGUUUGGAAAGGAUUCGGAAGAAGUGAAGAGAUGGAAGAAAGCUCUCUUCGAUGCCGGUAGCUUGUCUAGGUGGCAUUUGAACGAUGGAGAUGAGUCAGAACUUAUACAAAGGAUUGUGAAGGAGAUAUCCACUUGCCUAGACCGAACAACUUUGCAUGUUGCUAAGCAUCCAAUUGGGAUAGAUUCCCGAGUGGUUAAGCUAAAAUCGAUGUUAAACCUUGAGUCUGAUGAUGAUGUUGUCAUGGUGGGAUUAUUGGGACAAGGAGGCAUAAGGAAGACAACUUUAGCAAGAGCUCUAUACAAUGCUAUUUUUAGACAAUUUGAGGGUUCGUGUCUUUUGGGAAAUGUUCGAGAAGAUUCAAAAGAUUCGAAGGAUUUAGCUUAAUUGCAAGAAAAAAUACUAUUCGAGAUUUUGUCACUACAAAAAAGAUUAGUAGUGUCCAGUGUUGA